CUCGUCUUCCACGGCUCCCCCCUCGACUUCAUCAAAUACCGCCACGCCGUGCUCCUCCUCACCUACCCGGACAACCAGCAAAGCAUGUUCCACAUCAUCGGACCGCCCGGGGACUUCAAUUUCGUCGAAGUAACCGGGGCGAAUCCCACGCAGAGCGCAAAACUAGAGAGGAAUAUCCCCGUCGCGAAUGUAAGUGCUUCUAUCUCUAGGGAGAUGAUCAGGGAUGCGUGCGCAAGGGUGAAAGUGCGGAAUGAUGUCCCCGGGUGGAACUGUCAAAUUGGGUCGGGGAGGCGCUGACUGAGUUGGUGAAGAUUGGGUGCUGUACGGAGAUGCAGAGGGGCGUUGCUGUGGAUGGGAUGGUGGAUGCGUGCUUGGAGGCGAGGGAUGAGAGGUUUGCUUGAUUUGAUUUUUUGAUCUUUCAGGGGGUUGGAGAGGGGGUAAAAGUCUUGAUUUGUUUUGAUGAUGAUGAUGACAAUAACGGUUAUGAUAAAUUGAUAGAUGGGGUGAUAAAUGAUAGAUGAUGGGGCUAGAUGGGAUGGUGUCGAGAGGGCUCCGUGACUUAUGAGUUAUGACUUCGACUGAGUUAUG